AAAGGUUCCAAGCCCCACUCAACACCACUGACAUUGAAAUGGUAAGCUGCCGUCUUGUAUGUGACCAAAAAAAAAAACAACACAUGGCAUUUAAUUUCAUUAGACAUAGUCGUUAUCCUCAUCUGAGAAGUUGUUUUUUUUUUUUUAAUGAUAAAAAAAAUAUUUCGUUUUUUUAAGUGUUUUUUUUUUUUUUAAAAAGGUAUCACACCAAAACUAAAUACAGUAAAUUGUUGAAAUGUGUUAGCUAGCUUGAAAAAAAAGAGUUCAUUAAUAAUUAACACAAACGCACACGCAUAUCAAUACAAACAUGAACACACACACACACACACACACAUACACACGCACAUUUACACAUACACCACAAGCACGCAUAAACCUAGACGACUCCUUUUACUUUAUUACUUUGUUGUUAUAGUAUUUUUUUAAUUUUUAGAUACGCUAUGUAACUCUGGUGCCUAACAUUGAAAUAAAAAUUCAUACACUUGCACCACGCUAUACCAUUAAGUAUGUUCUUUGUAACGUCAACACAACAUGAUAUUUCAUUAUAUAUGUUCUUUGUAACGUCAACACAACAUGACAUUUCAUUAUAUAUGUUCACGUAACGUUAAAAAACAUGAUAUUUCAUUAUAUAAGUUCUUUGUAACGUCAAAACAACGUGACAUUUCAUUAAAUAUGUUCUUUGUAACGUCAACACAAUGUGAUAUUUCAUUAUAUAUGUUCACGUAACGUUAAAAAACAUGAUAUUUCAUUAUAUAAGUUAUUUGUAACGUCAACACAAUAUGAUAUUUCAUUAUAUAAGUUCUUUGUAACGUCAACACAACGUGAUAUUUCAUUAUAUAUGUUCAUGUAACGUUAAAAAAACAUGAUAUUUCAUUAUAUAAUUUCUUUGUUACGUCAACACAACGUGGCAUUUCAUUAUAUAGGUUCUUUGUAACGUCAACACAACAUGACAUUUGAUUAUAUAUGUUCUUUGUAACGUCAACAAAACGUUAAAUGUAAAUAAAUAGAUAUUUAUAAAAAAAUGUUUUUGCGUGCUACAACAGGCUUGAAGAAAACUAUGAAAUAGCUGAGGGGGUCUGUAUACCCCGAUCAACGCUGUACCUUCACUACUUGGACUUUUGUGAGGCACAUGACACGAACCCUGUCAAUGCAGCCAGCUUUGGAAAGGUAAGUCAGAGUAUUCAUGUGGACAUCUUAUAUUCAUGUGUACACAUAAUAUCUCUGUAAAUAUCUUAUAUUAUGUGUACACAUAUAGAUGUGUGCAUCUUAUAUUCUGUGUACAACUUAUAUUUCUGUGAACACCUUAUAUUUCUGUGUUCAUCUUGAAUUCCUGUGUACACUUUAUAUUCCUGUGUACAUCUUACAUUGCUGAGUACACCUCAUACUCAUGUGUUCAUCUUAUAUUCCUGAGUACACCUUAUAUUCCUGUGUACAUAUUAUAUUCAUGUGUAAAUCUUAUGUUCUUGACUACACCUUACAUUCCUGUGUACACCGUAUAUUCGUGUAUACAUCUUAUUUUCAUGUGCUCAUGUUAUAUUCCUGUAUUCAUCUUAUAAUCAAGUGUUGAUUUUUUUUCUGUGCACACCUUAUAUUCGUGUCUACACCUUCUUUUUGUGUACAUCUUAUUUUCUCGGCUGUACCUUACAUUCGUGAGUACAUCUUACAUUCCUGAGAACACAUUAUAUUCGUAUGUACAUAGUAUAUUAUAUUGUUCAUCUUAUUGUCCUGCAUUUGUCUUUUAUUCCUAUGUACAUCUUAUAUUUAUGCGUACAUCUUGUGUGUAUCUUAUAUUUGUGUAUACAUCUUAUAUUCGUGUGUACAUCUUUUAUUCCUGUGUACAUCGUAUAUUCUUAUGUACAACUUAUAUUCAUGUGUACAUGUUAUAUUCAUGUGUACAUAUUAUAUUUUUUGUGUACUCCUUAUAUUCAUCUGUUCACCCUGUUUUUAUUAUAAUUUGAGUUUAAGUUUCUAAAAUGAGGAGCAUUAAUUGAACAUUGCAUCAGAUAUUAACAUUAAAUUAAUACGAAACCUUCUUUUAUUUAUCAGAUGACUGACAGAUGACUGACAUAAGCAUAUAUUAUUUCUGUUUUAGGGUUUACAUUAGGUAUACUGUGUAUACUCUUAUAUAAAUACUUUAACAUAUAAAUUUAUAUUUUUUAAAGUUUUAAAUGUUAAUUUGCUUAAUAAUUCAAAUGUACCAAAAGAAACGUAUAAUUCAGAUGUACCAAUAGACACUAAUUAUUCAAAUGUACCAAUAGACACUAAUGAUUCAAAUGUACCAAUAGACAAUAAUUAUUCAAAUGCACCAAUAGACACUAAUUAUUCAAAUGUACCAAUAGACACUAAUGAUUCAGAUGAACCAAUAGACACUAAUUAUUCAAAUGUACCAAUAGACACUAAUUAUUCAAAUGUACCAAUAGACACUAAUGAUUCAAAUGUACCAAUAGACACUAAUUAUUCAAAUGCACCAAUAGAUACUAAUUAUGCAAAUGUACCAAUAGACACUAAUUAUUCAAAUGUACCAAUAGACACUAAUUAUUAAAAUGUACCAAUAGACACUAAUUAUUCAAAUGCACCAAUAGACACUAAUGAUUCAGAUGAACCAAUAGACACUAAUUAUUCAAAUGCACCAAUAGACACUAAUUAUUCAAAUGCACCAAUAGACACUAAUUAUUUAAAUGUACCAAUAGACACUAAUUAUUCAAAUGCACCAAUAUACACUAAUUAUUCAAAUGUACCAAUAGACACUAAUUAUUAAAAUGCACCAAUAGACACUAAUUAUUCAAAUGUACCAAUAGACACUAAUGAUUCAGAUGUACCAAUAGACACUAAUUAUUCAAAUGUACCAAUAGACACUAAUGAUUCAGAUGUACCAAUAGACACUAAUUAUUCAGAUGAACAAAUAGACAUUAAAGCAUCAUACAUUGAUGUCAUGUUUUUUUUGUUUUUUUAAAUAUUAUACAAUGAGACUGAAUACUAUUAUUUUAAAAUCAUAAGUGGGCAUUUUUUCUCUAAAUAUAUAUAUAAAAAAAGAAGCAAGCAAAAAUAUUAGUUACACUAAUUCUUCAAUUAUUUUCCUCAGAUAAUCCGUCAACAAUUCCCUCAGAUUACGACGCGCAGACUGGGUACACGAGGACAAUCUAAGUAAGUCAUAAAUGUAACGAACUCAGUUUAUAUUCUCAUGGAGCGAUAACAUCAUAUUGUAUUACGCUGUGAUGUAAAGUGAAACCCAGCUAUAGAUCUAACACGAUCAUCUGCGUACAUACAAUGGGAUCGACUUAGUUGCGGGGUUUUCGACAACGAAAAACAAAAGGAUAAACGUUAUUGUGCAAGCAAGGCCGUGGAUUUAAAUGUAACGAACUGUUCAAACUGGGGUGGUUUAAUGAGGGGCUCCACUGUAUGAUGUAACGAACUGUUCAAACUGGGGUGCAUUAAUGAGGUGCUCCACUGUAUGAUGUAACGAACUGUUCAAACUGGGGGGGGGGGGUUUAAUGAAUGGCGCCCUGUAUGAUUUAACUAACUCCAUAUUUUAAAACAAUUUUAAAUAAAUAAAAGCUGUUCAACUGAUAAAAUUUUCUUUUCAGCCUAACAAAUUAAUUUUUAACCUGAUAUUUAUUCAUUGAUAUCACAUUUGGUUAUCGUGUUUGCUCUUUUGUUGUUUUGUUUAUUUUUGUGUGUGUUUUUUUUUUUUUGUUGAAGAUUUAGUUCUUUUCAUUAACAUUGCAGUGUAAUAUUUUUUCUCGUAUCAUGAUGUACAACUUUUACUACAAUGUUUUUGUUUCUUCUAUGGCAAAUGUAAGGUAUCAUUACUAUGGCAUUGGUAUUUCUUUUUAUCUUAACAAAUUAAUUUUUAACCUUAUAUUUAUUCAUUUAUAUCUCAUUUGGUUAUCUUGUUUGUUCUUUUUUUUUUUUUUUUAUUUUUGUGUGUGUUUUUUUUUUUUGUUGAAGAUUUAGUUCUUUUCAUUAACAUUGCAGUGUAAUAUUUUCUCUCGUAUCAUGAUGUACAACUUUUACUACAAUGUUUUUGUUUCUUCUAUGGCAAAUGUAAGGUAUCAUUACUAUGGCAUUGGUGUCAGAGAGAGCUCCCAUUACUAUGAUAUUGUUUACUCGGCGAAAUCUGUGCAAAUGUAGGUUAUCUUUUAAUACCAUUUGAUAUGCCCGUGUUUUAAUCUAGAUGUUAUUGUGGGAAUGAGAUAAAGCUUUACUUAAUUUUUCAAUGAAAUACCCAAACAUGAAAUAUUUAAAUGACAUGACACAACGCUUGGAUUCAACUUGAUUUGAUUUAGGUGAAAGAACAAACAGAAUUAAUUUUAAAAUACGAAAUAAUUGCAUAUUAAAUAUUUUUACCUUCAGGAUAUUACAAUUACGACUCAAAUUUCUUUCUUUCAAAAUAUAUAUUUAUACACAUAAAAAAAAAAUAUAUAUAUAUAUAUAUAUAUAUAUAUAUAAAUAUAUAUAUAUAUAUAUAUAUAUAUAUAUAUAUAUAUAUAUAUAUAUAUAUAUAUAUAUAUUACUGAUGUGCUUACAAUUAUUUAUAUUGAAUAUUCCCGGCAGGUCGGUGGACAGCAGCCAGCAAGUCAUGAAACAAGUAUGGUGUUUAAAUGUAUUGAUUAAAAGAACAAUAUGACCAAUGUUUUAUGCUUAUGAAAUAUAUAAUUAUAUUUAAAUUUUAUAUAAUUAUCAUUUGUUAAAAUGUCUAAUUGAAUAAUGUAUCACGUUUUAUUAGCGUUGUCUUUAGCUGGGGGUGGGGGGGGGGAGAGGAGGGGGUGAGGUGGCGGGGUUUUGGAAGUGGACUGUUAAAUAUUUGCCCAGUAGUUAAAUAUCUUUAGACAUUUGUAUAUAUGGCAUCCUUCCGUCUUCGUGAGACGCUUGAGUAGUUAUAUAGUUCUACACUUUGACGAGUGGCUCACUAGGCCAAUCCUAGAAUAUGAAUCACGGCCGCAUCUCUCGCAGACAGUUGUACUUCGGUACCAACCCACCUCGUUAGGUCCCGGAUUGGUAAACCCCAAUAUUAUGAAAUAUAAGAUGUGUAAACGUACUCAGAUGAGUUACUUAAAAUAAAAUAAGCUCUCCAUGUGGGAUUUUGAAAUUCGUAUUUCAUACAAUUGCAUGGAUUAUCCCAGAAUAAAUUAACGGCUUUAAUAUACCGAUAUUGUAAAAAAUAAAUAUAUAAGAACAAGAAAGAGAUUUUGUGUAAUAAACAAUAGAACUUGGAAGGAAAAUAAAAAACUGCUUUUAUUUUCCAACAGUGCUAUUUAAGAUGUUUGACUAUAAAAAAAAAAAAUAAUAAAUGACACGAUGGUUGUUGUAGCUAAUAAUCAGCUUCAAUAAAAUAAGUGCCUUCGAUAUAGCCAGAUAUUGUUAAUUCUGUAAUUGAAUGACCUGCAAGGGCUAAACAAAUGUCAUUUGUGCAAAGUGCUAAAUAAACUAGCAAGUAUGCAGAGGGUUAACGUGUGAUGGUUAUAUGCAUUGUCAUGUAUGGACGUGGCAAAAAAAUGUCGUGUAUGCAUAGGGCUGAAUUAACUGUAAUACAAUUUUUUUUUCGAUCAACUUAUUGGCACAGUAUGUGUAUGUGUCAAAUAAUUUAUGUUCUAUAUUUAUUCAAUGAAAUAUACCUCCCCCCCACCGCCCCCCAAAAAACACACUUUUUUUUUUAGACACAAACUUCCUUUCCAAGAAAUAAUAUCGGGACAAUACUUCCAGCCUUUCCUGAUGUCAAUAUGCAUUGUCAUGUAUGGACGUGGCAAAAAAAUGUCGUGUAUGCAUAGGGCUGAAUUAACUGUAAUACAAUUUUUUUUCGAUCAACUUAUUGGCACAGUAUGUGUAUGUGUCAAAUAAUUUAUGUUCUAUAUUUAUUCAAUGAAAUAUACCUCCCCCCCCCGCCCCCCAAAAAACACACUUUUUUUUUUAGACACAAACUUCCUUUCCAAGAAAUAAUAUCGGGACAAUACUUCCAGCCUUUCCUGAUGUCAACAACAUUAGACUCCCACAGUCUAUACCAGAGUCUAAGGUAGAUUAACUUAAACUAUUUACCUGACUUCCCCACAAUUACCACAGCUUCUUGCCAUUCACACGACGCGCUAAAGUGGUUCAAAUUCAAUCCAAAAUUAAAUGCCUGUCUAUAGAAAUGAUAGAGAUGUUUUUCACAUUACUUUUCUGUAAUAAUUUUAAACAUUGAAAUUCAUAUUACUGCAUAGUCUUUAAUAGUAGACUAUAAUGAUUAUGCAUCUAAUUCUAAAUAUAAUUAUUGCAUCUUAUAUAUAUAUAUAUAUAUAUAUAUAUAUAUAUAUAUGUAUACACCAUAAAGUUCUAGCGGCAUCACUUCCCUCUUUCUUACACAUUAUAGAAUUGUAAGUACUUACUUUUUCCAGAUUGUGACAUUUCUGAUGAUGUACAGAUCCCACUGUCAGAGGAUUCUUGACACAGUAGUUACGGCCCAUUUUGAAGAGGUUAAUUACCAACAUGUUUUUUUUUUCCAUGUAUUUUUCUAUUUUGUUAUGCUUUGUUUUAUCCUCUGCAAUAUAAGUCUCAAAUACACUAUACCAAACAUGUGCUACAUAUUCUCGCAACAUAUUUUUACUUUUCUAAUGCUAAUUCUUAGUAGUAAUUUUCUCCAAUGUCAAAAUACACAAUGCCCUUUAGCCUUUAAGUGUUGUUUGUAAAGGAGAUGGGGCAUUCUUUUCAAUUUCGCCGACACGUUUUUUAAGCACUUAAAAUAGCUUGAGUCCAGAGACUUUUAAAUAAAGUUAUUGCAGCUCCUACGCACAUGAAGCACAUGCGCCUGUCUUGCUCACUUAAUUCCUUCAGUACCUCCAUUGUUACUCUAAUCAACAGAAGUAGAUAAGGGAGUCGUUCUGAAAAAUAAACAAAAUGAAGAUGUGGUUGCUGGUUGUUGUAGUGAAUAGUAUUCCAUAAAAUUAAACGAAAGGGUUAAAACUGAAAAUAGCCUUCGAGUCGUCACGCUACAUAUCCCCAGUUAAAUGAGUAGCCGUGAUUUUCGGGUCAGGUUUGGAGGGGAUCUUUCUCUUUUUUUUUUUUUUUUUUUUUUUUUUUUGCAAGAAUGUCCGCUUUGAGUAGCUAGUCUAUUCAGCUAAUAAAAGCGAAGAUGAAAAAUGUUUAAAAAACCAUGUCUCUGCGGAGGUAUCUAUGUGUGAGUGUGUUUGUGAGUAUGACAAAGUGUUACGUUUCUUAAAAUAGUUGACCACAAUAUACGCCUGCGGUAAUUUGUUAUAGAAGGAUGGUAAAAUAUUAAAAUGAACAAAUAUUCUAUUAUACAUCCUAAUGACUUGCAUAGAAAUCCAUGGUCCUGUCCUCAAAAUUGUGGGGAUUAAUUAUUAUUAUUAUAAUUAUUUUUUUUUGGUUCCAGGUUCACAGCCUUCUAGUUCAUUUCUGGCAAAGCAUCCCUGGCCAUAUAUCCCCUAUACUCUCUAAUGACGUCGUGAUUAAGCUGAUAGGCGUCUGUGACUCCAUUCUGUACAAAACUAUUGCAGGUGUUAUAAUGCCGUCAGUGUUACAGGUUUUACCUGACAGGUGAGCUGCGUUAAAAUCUUGUCCCACAAUCCAACAUUUUGAAACAGUUUUGCUUUACCACCACCUUGGUUCAUUGUCAGCCUAUUUUAUUUCUUUGAAGGUUUGUACAAAAUAAUAAAAAGCUUAAAACACAUUAAGUGGAUCUAAAAAAAACUACUGCAGUAUAUUUUUAAGCAGCAAAGGCGAAAUUAAAAUGUAAGAAAUAGUUGUUUUUUUUGUUUUUUUUAAAUAAAUUAACACAAAAAUUGAAUAAUAAUAACAAUACAUUCUAACCGUUAAGAAAUGUUUCCAGGAAAAGUUAAUAUAGAAAAUAAUAUAAAUUUAAGAUCAAUUUUGUUUAAAAGUCGUGCUCAUUUGUGAAUGCAAUCUUGCAGCUUAACUCAAGUCGUCCGGAAAUUUGCGAGGCAGCUGGAGGAGUGGAUCAAGUUGGCGCUCACGGGAUUGCCGGAUGGGCUUCUAGCUCUGAAACUUGACUGUGAGUACAACAUCAAAUCAAUGGCCGUCCCUGCCAAAGGGAUGGUUUACACUCACUGGACAUUCAGGCACAGCAGAUUAUAUUUAGAAGAAAGUAAACCAUACGUUUAUUUACAUAUAUACAAUAGUUUUAAAUAUAUAUAUAAUAUAUAUAUAUAUAUACAUAUAUAUAUAUAUAUAUAUAAAUUAUUAUUAGGAAACUUUACUAAUGUAGUCGGAACACUACAGCUUUUUAUUAUGGGUUUACUGUCAUGCUUUCUAAACAAUGAUGUUUUAAAAAGAAAACAAUAUAGGUGUCAGGCAGAUUGAAAAAUAAGUGUCGUCAAUUUUUUCAAGCGUUAAUACCUGAAGAAAAGGAAACAAGGUUGGGGGGGGGGUUGCUUACAGUAAUCACAAGUGUUGGAGUCAUAAAGGCGGCAGAAUGUAUAACGGAAAGUAUAUUAAGACUAAUCUAAAUGUAGACGCUUAAAAAUGGAACAAUUAAAACUUUAAAAUCAUUUAAAAUCAUAAAGUGUACGCUAUAUUUCUUAAACAAACCAGAGAGUGAACGCUAUAUAUUCUGGAGCUAUUACUGAUCAACUGUUAAUCUGCACAACAGCAUUGAGCUAUUACCAAUCAACUGUCAUCCCCCCUACCAACCCCAAAAAAGAAAAAAAAACACCCUUGAGCUAUAUCUAAUCAACUGUUACUCCCCAAAACAGCCUUGGGCUAUAUCUAAUCAGGCGUUAUCCCAGAAAUCCCAUUUCUUCCUUAUGACCCGUCCCAGUGUCCAGACGACUAAGCCAGGUGUUGAAAAGACAACUGUCCUUGAACCACUUAGCCCAAGCAGCUCACAGCGUGGUCAACUCACCUGAGAUAAUGAGCCAACUUCUGACCGAUUGGCUGAACAUUGACCUCAACAGCAUCGUCAAACAGACGUUGUACACGAUGGGCAACUAUACGGACAGAGACUACGGGAUCAUUGUCGAAUGUAAGCCUACUUGUUAAGUUGUCAUACGCCUUACAUAUAGCGAACAUAUUUAAGCAUCUACAUCAGUGGUUCCCAAACGUCCAUAAUUCCCUGACCCUUUAAUACAUUUUCUCAUCUUGUGGUGACCCACAAACCAUUCAAUUAUCUUCGAUGCUUCUUCAAAAAUAUCUGAUUUACAAUGGUCUUAGGUGACACUGUGUAAGGCCCGUUUGCCCACCCCCCCCCCCCCCAAGGGGUAGUGACCCAUAUCUUGAUAACCGGUGAUAAACAUAGUUAAAUUUACCAAUUCAAACCAGUAUAAAUUAAUCUAGAGAGUUACUAUUUUUAAUACAUCAAAAUGAGGUUGACCACAAAUAUUUAGUAUACAUAUAUCUUUAAACGAACGUUCAUCUAAAAACUAAAUGUUUGUUGUUGUUUUUUUAACGUCUUUUGGAAAGAGGCUUGUUUCAUUGACCACGUUUCUCUCUGUACUGUUGGCUAUUGGGAGAAAAGUAUUCAUACAGUGAAGAAUAUUUUCGGAAGAAACCUUUUUAAAGUCUUUUAAGAUGAGUCAUGAAUCUAUAGAGAGAAUUGAAGCUUCCAAUUUUAAAGUAAUUCUGUAAAUUUUAACCACCCUUAAAAAAAAAAAAAAAAAAAAAAAAUUUGUUCAUUAUAAAUCAUUUAUGUGUAUUUUUGUUUGCAUUUAUGUAAUUAUUUAAAUUAAUUUUGUAAAUUUUAACCACCCUUAAAAAAAAAAAAAAAAAAAAAAAAUUUGUUCAUUAUAAAUCAUUUAUGUGUAUUUUUGUUUGCAUUUAUGUAAUUGCGUGUGGUAUCAUUGAUGGGAUUGUAUCAACUAAUUUUAGUACGGGAAUGGUUUUUAUCAAAUUUAGGGCAUUCAAACCUAAAAUGCGAAAGAUAUAUGUAAACACAAAUGCGUCACAAAUACAAAGCACAAAACAACAGCUACACAAUUUAUCUCCACAACAAAACACGCAGCCGUUGAACAAAUCAUUAACAAUCCUUAAAAAAUUUGACAAAAACUUAGUUUUGGGGAAAUUUAAGGCGGAGUGUGGAACUGAAAAUUUAAUCGAACGUGCUGUCAUCGGCAAGAAGUCUAUGUGCCCAGUUUCAGCCCGAUCAGAUGACAGGAAGUGGUUCAAUUUUUGCCUUGAUAUACACAUACAAAAGCGAAGAUAAUAUAAUGGAUUUACAAAAAGAGCCAUACAUAAUAAUGAAGAUGAGAAUACUGACAAUGAAAAAAAGAUUGCUGUCACAUAGGCGUAAUCGAAAGUGUACACUCUGUUCAUCCUUCAGAUCCAUUGGUCUAUAUGGCAUACGUUCUUCGGCCUAUACAUUAUGUUAAAAAUCAUGUUAACAUUUUUUUUUGCAGUGUGCACGGAAUUUGAAAGGCUCCUGGAUGAACACGCUCCGCUAGAGGGAUACGUUGAUUGGCUGGACAGAAUGGUCAAUACGUGUGUUGUUAAGGUAAACAAUUUCAUACAAUAACGGGGAUUUUUUUUUUUUUUACCUGUUCACAAACCAGAAACUCAGUAUAAGUCCUCUAAUUUAAAUAAUGUUUAUUUUGUUUGAUGGCUAAGUUUCGGUCUAUUUCUUCGAUGAUUAAGAAAGUUGGUCCAAAAAGUUAUGGCUUCAUGCAAUAUUCAGAAGUUCGAUGAAUAUUCAUUUGUUGAAUUUCCCCGACAAUUAUUUUUUAUUCAUCUCUAUUAUUGCUUUAUAAUAUAAAGUAUCAUUUAUUUGUGGCAUUUUAGCGUGUUUUUUUUUUUUAAUCAUUUUUUACUUAUCAAAUUUUUAAAAAAUUCAAUAGAAAGUAUUUGCCAAUAAGCGAUUCCAUAUAACAACAUUGUUAUGUAAUCCCAGGCCAGCAGUAAGAAGUCCGGGUCACUACGUCAUACCGCCAGACAAUUCCUCCUGAUGUGGUCAUGUUUCGGGACACGUGUCAUACGAGACAUGACCCUACACAGCGCUCCCAGCUUUGGUCAGUUCAUUUUAUUUCAGACACGGAUAGAUAACACAUUGUUAAUUUGUGACGGAGACCAGGGGUUCUCAAAUAUUUUUUUUUUAAAGCAAGGGUUCGAGUUAGUACCCUCAUACUUUUUUUUUUGUGUGUUUUGGAUCUGACCAAUUAGUAGUAGUUAUAGGACCCCUGAAAAAGACAAACAAAUUUGGGUAAAAGAAAGCAAUAAAGUGUUACAUAGUAAAAAAAUAAUAUGAACAGUCGAUAUACAGUAAAACUUAAAUUUUCACCACAUUAUUUUCUCUUCACGACUAGUAGAAGUUUUUUGUUUUUUUUAAAUUUUUUUUUUAUAAUAUAAAUAUAUAUUUUACAUGACUCAUCUAUUAAAAAAAAAUAGAAUUAUUCUUUCCUAAAGGCUCCUUUGUAAAAUAUAUAAAUCGCUAUUUAUGUCCUGUGAGUCACAGACAUAAAUCUGGUACGGGUUUCUUGUUUCUGCAGGUUCCUUCCAUCUGAUUCACCUCAUGUUUGACGAUUAUGUCUUAAAUAAGAUUGAAGACUUGCGCAGUGAUGAGCGGAUCAAAGAAUUCAUGAGAGUUGUCACAGGGGAU